CGUAUACAAAAUUUGAACAUGCAUAGCGACGCGAAGCUUAGUCGUCAGUUGGAUUUCGUUCUUCGCAGCUCUUCUGUAGUGAGGCUGACGAUUAGCGCGUAACAUCGUUACUGCAACAGGCAAAGGCCCGUAUAUCACAAUGGACAAAAUGCCACCACAACCCGGUUUUAUGCCAGGUCACCCACUACCGCCACCGCCCUAUACAGAUGGACAGCCACCACCACCACCACAAAGUGUUAUCAUAGUAGGAGGCACGCAAUUUGGUAACGAGCCGCAACGCCUAACUUGUCCCUAUUGUCAUGCCAACGUUCUUACGACGAUAGAAACCGAGUCAAACACAAAAACUCAUUUAAUUGCACUUAUCUUAUGUCUUGUUGGAUGUUGGUGUUGCGCACCUUGUCCUUACUGCAUCGACAGCUGUAUGGUGAAGAAGCAUUCGUGUCCAUCUUGUAAAGCAUUCUUAGGUCAAUCGACCAAUUAAUUUCUAUGCUGAUGGUUUCCUCAAACGAUGUUUACGUAUAAUUAAAUAUGUUAACGCAGACGUUGAAAUUUAACGUCUAAAGUACGCACAAUAUUCCACGCAUAUAUAUAUAGUAUAUAUAAUCGAGAAAUUAAAUAUUUUAUAUAAACUCUACACAACCUUUCCGUGUUAAACACGUGUAAAAUAAUAUACUUUUACUUGAUUACUUUAAUCGUAAACGUUUAAUGUGGUAAACUUAAGUAUGGUUGAACAUAUGUGCAAUGCAUUUGUACUAUCGAUUUUGUUUUUUUGUAUAUUACUUGUAUCUUAAUUUAAUAAU